CCGUAUCGCGGGGCGAUGGGGAAAGGCGGGGAGCAGGGCGACGAGAGCGGGGAGGCGGCGGCGGCGGGCCGCACGUUCCGCUGGGAGGAGAUCCAGAAGCACGACCAGCGCGCCGACAGGUGGCUGGUCAUCGACCGCAAGGUCUACAACGUCACCCGCUGGGCCCUGCGGCACCCGGGGGGGGUCCGCCUCCUCGGACACUACGCCGGGGAGGAUGCCACGGAUGCUUUCCGCGCUUUCCACCUGGACCUCAACUAUGUCAGGAAGUUCCUCAAGCCUCUGCUGAUCGGGGAGCUCGCCCCGGGGGAGCCCAGCCAGGACCGAGACAAAAGUACCCAAAUCACACAAGAUUUCCGCGCCCUGAGACAGACGGCGGAGGACAUGAAUCUCUUCAAGGCCAACCACCUGUUCUACUUCCUUCUCCUGGGACACAUCUUUGCCCUGGAGGGGCUGGCGUGGUUCACAGUCUCUUACUUUGGCACCGGCUGGAUUUCCACCAUCCUCGCGGCUUUCAUCUUGGCAACCUCCCAGGCUCAAGCUGGAUGGCUACAGCAUGACUACGGACACCUCUCCGUCUACAAGAAGUCCUCGUGGAACCACAUAGUCCACAAAUUUGUGAUUGGCCACCUGAAGGGCGCCUCCGCCAACUGGUGGAACCACCGCCAUUUCCAGCACCACGCGAAGCCCAACAUCUUCCAGAAGGAUCCAGAUGUGAACAUGCUGCAUGUGUUUGUCCUGGGCGACUGGCAACCUGUCGAGUAUGGCAAGAAGAAGUUGAAGUACCUGCCUUACAACCACCAGCAUCAGUACUUUUUCUUGAUCGGGCCGCCCCUGCUCAUCCCAAUGUACUUCCAGAUGCAGAUCAUCAUGACAAUGAUCGUCCGCAAGGACUGGGUGGACCUCGCCUGGGCUAUCAGCUAUUACACCCGUUUCUUCAUCACUUACAUCCCUUUCUAUGGGGUCCUGGGUGCUCUGCUUUUCCUCAACUUUAUCAGGUUCCUCGAGAGCCACUGGUUUGUGUGGGUCACCCAGAUGAAUCACAUCCCCAUGGAGAUUGAUCGCGAGAAACACCGAGAUUGGCUCUCGUGUCAGCUGGUAGCCACCUGUAACGUGGAGCAGUCCUUCUUCAAUGACUGGUUCAGUGGGCAUCUCAACUUCCAGAUCGAGCACCACCUCUUUCCCACGAUGCCUCGGCACAAUUAUCACAAGGUCGCCCCGCUGGUGAAGUCUCUUUGCGCCAAGCACGGCGUCCCAUAUCAAGAGAAAUCCCUGCUGCGGGCGCUGCUGGACAUCAUUGGGUCCCUGAAGAAGUCUGGAGACCUUUGGCUGGAUGCUUAUCUCCACAAAUGAAGCCACCUCUGGGGGAAUGGGAGGGAUGGGGAGGGAAGGGGGAAGUGCCGAACGACUCUGAUUUCUGUCCUGGUGCUGUGUCUGUGUGUAUGUGUGCUGUUUGAAGAGAGUUUCCUGGGCUGGUCCAUCGAUGCAAAGAGCCGGUUGACCCACACUUUGUCCUGGGGCCUGAGGCCCAGCGCCUGCUUCCCGGCUACUCUGUCAGCUGAGACCGCUGACUAUUUCCUGGGGGUGAGGGGUGAAACGGGGGAAGACUGCCUGCAGUCAGCAUCCCACCAUUCCAGAUCCAGGAACUCAGGCCCGGCCCUGGCCCCCUCUUCCUCCCACCUUGUGUGUUGCCCCCUGAACAUCAUUUGACUUGCCGCUCUCUGGGAGCUAGGGACCACCUCUCUACCAGCCCUGGUGUUGCCUUCCUCAAGGGGCAGCAGGAGAAGUGGUCCUUCCAGGUUGGUGGGUGGGGGGAGGAGGGGUCCACUUGCCAGCCCUCUCUCUCUCUCUCUCAGAGAAGGCACUCUCCCCUGCCCCAGAUUCCUGUCACCCGUGGAAGGGGAGGAGGGGAAGGGAGGGGAGGAAGCAGCAGCCCAUCUCCAAGAACUCCCAGCCUCCACUGCUGCUCCCUCCUCUUCCCUUCUGUCUAAUCCUGCUCCUUCAUCCGUUCGUACUUCUGGGUCAGUCCCAGCCUCUAGAUCCCCCUGUCCUCCGGACCGACAUUUUGGCUCCAAAACUGCGUGGGCAGAUUCCAAAUGAGAUGAAACGCUUUGCCGUUCUGUCCCGUCCUGGGGCACUUCCUGGCCACCUGCACGCCUCUGAACAGCUCCCUAUCUGCCAUGAGUUUGUUCUGAGUCUCAGUUGGUUCUUGGGGCCGGGACUCUUCUGGGGAGAGAUUCCCUCAGAGAGGAAGCCGACCAGCAUCAAAGGGUUGGCAUCCACCUUCGAAACGGCCCACGGCCUGUCCCCUGGGCAGGGGAGCCUGAGAGGUUUUGAAUAAUUAGUCUCUUCAGGAACCUGUUCCUCUAGAGUUCAUUUUGCCCUUCUGCUCUUUUCUACAUCCCUCUUCUUUUUUUUUCUAGUCUCCUACUGAGCCUCUGUAGGCUCUGCCUCACCCCUUUGUUGCCACCCUCUACUCCCGGGGAAACGCUCAGAUCUGCCGGGGGCUCAAGCAGGCUGGUCUCUGAAGUUGCGUGUGGCCCUAACAGGAAGUUGCUACUAUUGCUGGGAUACCUGGACCAAAUUCCAACUAGAGGCAUUUUCAGCUUAGUGCUUCCUGACCCCAAUCCCGGAGGGACAGCCCUCCUGUGCUUCAGUGGCCCUAAAGAAACCUCAAAACCCCGCUCCCUCUCCUCUUCUCCCCAUCAUCUUCUCUCCUCUCUGAUCUUGGCUGCCUUCGCUGGCUCAUGGGCACAGGGCUGAGGAACCCUCAAAGAAGUCUCAGUUCAGAUAACUCAGAUUUUGACAUUGGGUGGAGUUGGAAAAAUGGAACUGGAUGGAUGUCUCUGAUGAAGAUCCACUUCUUCCUAGAGGAGAAUUGCAUAGUUGGAGCCAGGUUGUCCCUGAAACCAUGAUCCCUAACCAGUGUGAUGGUCUGGCUUCAGGGCUGAAUCAGCUACCCGGGCUUGGGGCUUUUUCCCUGAGAAAAUUCCAGGUCCCAGCUGGCUGCAGGAGAACCCGGGGGUGUGAGUAGCAGGAAGCGAGACCAGGCCUGCCUCUCCCCUGAGUCCUAGUUGCAAGGGGUAAAUAGAGCAAUUUUUAAUCAUGACGUCCUCUAGCCGAGUCCGAUCAGAACGUACCCUUGCUGCUGGUGGCGGCGAGGGCCCUGUGCUCUUAGGAACUAUCCUUCCAGUGGAGUCCCCUCAAAGCGGUUGAAGAUGUGGAGAGGCGAGGUGGGUGGAAAUGGAGCUGCAGCUUACCUAGACAGCAGAGCAUCUUGCGCAGGGGAGGGGAGAGGCUGAAAAGUUAGAAACAGCUGGAAUCUGAGGGGAAUGAGGAGGAUGGAGACAGAGGGACCUGAGAAAGUGAAUUCAGAGCCACAGGGAUGUGGGGGAGGAGGAGGAUGAAGAGAGGGAGAGUCCUAAGGUCAUGAUCCAGGCCAGGGGAGAGGGAGAAUAGGCAAAAGCAGCCACUGAUGGAAGUAGGAGAAGGAAGAAAUCCAGGAUCCAGGGUGGGAGCAGCCCCAAGAUUGGCUGGCUAGCCCCCGGUGUCUUCCCUCCCAGUCUCUGCUGGGUUAAGGUGCCUUCCGCCACCCGCAACGCCUGAGGGAAUUAGAAUCCGUGUUUCUAACUCACUAACAAGCUUGCUGGAUUCCAGGGUUUAGUGCCCCCGGGAAGAUGAAGGGAUGGCCCUUGGGAUUGUCAGUGACCUCCUGCUUCAGUCUCCCCAGUAUUUCCAUGGCAAUAAGAUGCCCGGCCACCUACUCUCUGAGAACCCCAUUUCUGCAACCCCCUACAAGCACCAGACCCCUCUGUCCAUCCCCUCCUUCCCAGUUGGAGGGAUGGCAGUCCUCCAUCCACCCCCAAAUCAACUCCCUCCCUGAGACUGAACCCGCAGGGAAUAGAUCAUGAUUUUAUCACUUGGGAUUGUUUUUCAAAUAUUUUGGAAAUAAAAGAAGCUAUUUUUUUUUCUGGUGUAUUUGAUGCUCAAUAAAAUCAUAACCUUUUGUGGAACGGAAA